AUGCUUCACAUGAUCAACAGCAUAGAACAGCUGGACGCAGUCCCCAUGAGCGAGGCGCGGCAGUUCGCGAAGAAGACGUACGCGGAGAAUGAGAAUUACACUCUACACAUCUGGGGUGGUGUUCCAGAUGCAGCUGGUCGCUACAACGUUGAGCUGGCGUGCAGGCACCCUCGCAACAGCAGGCGCCAGGACGCCACGACCCAGAAGUACGCGAAGAUUAUCCUCCGCGACGGCAUGAUGGAAGCAUUUCGCGGUCGGCUCUUGGCCGUGAACGACGACGGCGAGAGCGGGGCCGCCAAGCUCGACCAAAAGAACCAGCUCAUGGGCGGCGCGAGCAUCAUGGAGGCUGCGAAGGCGUGCACUCCAGAUUUUGUCCUGGACUGGUUGAAAGCGAAACAUAACUCUUUCCACAUGGGCGUUGGUGCGACGCUCGUGGAGGUUCUCGAAAUGACAGCGGUAAUCGAAGAUGCUUGGUCGUCAUAUUGCAGGAACAACAGGAUCAGCUCAGCGUCGUGCCCAACGGCGGGCGAGUUCACUUUCCAGAACAUCUACCGUCGGUUCGUCGCCCAACAGAUCGGGGGCCUUGACCACGAGGGCGCCGACUGGUUUACCAACCCCUACCAUUACGAGUCGGCCAAGAAAGCUUACAACUUCAUGAAUCGGAUCGGGGUUUGGUCCUCAGUGAAGCUGCACAUGGAAAAGUUCGCCGACUUUACAGAUCGCACCUUUCGUAAAGAUGUUGCGUGCCACUGCAUGAGGGACGCGUGCGCCACGAUGGAGAAGAUCGAGAAGGGAAUCUGCGACAUUGAUGCCUGGAAGGUCCUGUCGACGGAGCUGCUCAAGCUGUGCGUGCAGCACGUGCCAGGACCCGCAAGCGCAUACCCGUGGCUCCUCAAGGACCCGACCACCACGAAGACCUUGUUGAGCAGGCUGUUCAAACAAAUGCCUGGUCAUGCCGACGACGUUUGGGCGCUCACCAUGAUCAAGAAGGUCAGCGUUCUCAUGAGCUGCCUGAAGAUGAAGGGCUACGAGAGUGCGCAGCCGCUGGUUAUGAAGUCUAUCGCGUUCGCACUCGGGGAGCCCAAGGGGAGCUGGAAAGCGAGGUGGCGAGAGAUCGAGUCGGCCUUUGUCGAUCUCCACGGUUCGGCUGGGAAUUUCAACGUGCCCCACUGGUCUAACAUCAUGCUGAACGACCCGAAAGCAGUGACCACGGUGAAGGGCGUCAUUGAGCACCUCGCCAAGAAGAGCGCGGAACAAGCGGUUGCUUCACUGUCAGAAUUUGACGGCAAGUCCGAGGCUGACGCAGGAGUUCUUCAACGUGACGCGACGGUGGCGGAGUUCUUCGAGGGCCUCAAUGUGCUCUCGAGGUCUCAAGACGCGGUAUUGCAGUCCACCUUGUUCCUUAACUCCAACAACACGAGGGUGGACUCGAAGUUCCACCCUGCGUUUGCCAGCCUCGCGACGUCGCUUGGUGGCAAGGUGUCGGGGACCGUCCAGAUGGAGGAGCUCUUCAAGAUCACGCACGAGUCGCUUCGGGACGUUUGCCCUGCCAAUUUCAUGAAGUUCUGCGGGGUGGUCAUGGCCAUCGUCAACCACCCCGAGGCCAGGAAGGACCUGGAGUACACGAAGAUCAACCUGUGCGACCGCUCGAAUGGCCUCUUCCCCGACUGGGACUCUGCGCUCAGGGCUUCAAGGCUUCACUGGGGGUACUCGCUGGAGCUGUUGGGGGCGAUGGUGGGCGGCAGCUCUAAGGUGACCGAGAAGGACUACGGCUGCGUCUUUGAGCAGUUGGGCAAGGUCGCCGCGCCUGGCUCGGACUUGGGCGAUUUCCUCUUGAACCAGUCGUGCAAGUUCUACGACGUCGGUCAGGUGCUACCAGAAGAUGCGGCGAUGACAAUUACUUCGAUUCGCAACCAGUGGGCCCCUCCGUCGUCGGAUGGUAGUUCGACCAGCGUGGUUGGGCCAAACGUUUUGAGCUUCAUGAUGGCAUUGGAGCAGUACCUCUACCACACGUUCAUCUGCUCGGCCACUUCGACCCUCUCCGUAGACAAGGUCGCGCUCUUCCCCGACAAGAACCUGUCGAACAUCAAGGUGGACAUGGCGUUGCCGACUGCCCAGAGGAAGCCUACGGCGGAUGACGUCUCUGACACCACGGUCAUGAACUUCGCUGGUAAGAUCACCAGGGGGCAUAAUGACAAGAUCCCGUCGCUGCACGUGCGCUCAGCGUUCGGCCAGCACUUUUUCGUGGAGGCGGGGCCGUUCGGUUCGUUCGACCACGACGGCUUCGUCCCCGCGUGGUGCAUCCCCGAGGUGAAGACGUCGAAGAAGCGCAAGGGCCAGGUCGAUGAUGAUACCACCGAGGGCAGCAAGAAGAAGAAAACGAAAUCGGAUCAGACUCAGACCCCGUCCAUGGAGCUGCACUCGACCAAUUUCAAGUUCGAGCACGCGUGGACCAACUUCCUACAGACUGUGAAGGUCCAGGUUGAUUGCAAGAUUCACUACCUGAAGUUCAGCAGCAAGUAUGUAGGCUUCGCCCAGGCCCCUGUCACGCGCGGGGCUUUCCCACCCUCGCCCGUAGAGCUCAAGGGACACAAGCUCACGCUGCCCGCGGCCUUCAUGGGCCCGACGCCAAAGGCGAAGGCCAAGGCCACCAAGGGCGGGUCGAAGGGCGACCAAGCCUUCGUAAAGGCCACGAAGCAUCUGGUCAAGUAG